CUUCUCCGGAAGUCAAGAACGGGCUCAAAGGCGCUUUCUUGCUGCAAGGCGCCCUCCUUGGUGAAAGGCGUGUUGCCUUCCUGUUCGGUUUGAGACUGGGUGCGGCUCCAACGAUUGCUGCUGACGCAAGCAAGAGCAGGGGGCUUUGCACGAUGGUAACGGUCGCUGUCGUUUGUGCAUAAGAGAGCCCUUUGCUCUGAUUAGUUUAUGUGAGAGGGCUUGCACUACGAGCUGCUGUAGAACGCAUUAUAGCAGCUAUACUAGUAGGCGGCCAGCUUUGAUUGGAGCAACAUCCUAUUGUACAAACCGCAAAGGCUGUAGAGAAGGCAUAAGAAGUCAUGGAGCAGCGCUUUGAGUACUCGCCGGCAGAAGUGGCACGUGUGCGCACCGUGCAGUUUGGCGUGCUGAGCCCAGAUGAGAUCCGCCGCAUGUCCGUGGCGCUCAUUGAUUCUGGGGAGACGUAUGAGCGCGGGAAGCCCAAGCAUGGCGGCAUGUCUGACCCGCGCAUGGGCACAAUUGAUCGCACCCUGCGCUGCGAAUCGUGCGGGUGCGACAAGGCCGAGUGCCCAGGGCACUUUGGGCACAUCGAGCUAGCGAAGCCAAUGUUCCACAUCGGGUUUCUCAAGACGGUGCUCAAAGUCAUGCGCUGCGUGUGCUACAACUGCUCCAGGCUGCUAGCAGACCAGUCGGACUUCAAGUUCAGCCAGGUGAAGAAGAUCCGCAACCCGCAGCAGCGGCUGCGCAAGAUGAUGGAUCUUUGCAAGAAGAGCAUCUGCGAGGGUAGCACCCAGGUAAAGGGCGUCGGGGACGACUUUCCUGAGGAGGACGGGGAACAGAAAGAGCAUGCGGGGGGGUGCGGGUCGCUGCAGCCGAGCUUGAAGGUGGAGGGCAUGAAGAUCGUGGCGGAGUUCAAGCCCCCCAACAAGAAAGAUCAGGACGAGGUGCAGCUGCCUGAGGCGGUGGAGCGCAAGCAAAUCUGGUAUGGGGACAAGGUCCAGGGCAUUCUGAAGCGAAUUAGCGACGAGGACUGCCAGCUGUUGGGGUUCAACCCCAAGUACGCACGGCCCGACUGGUUCGUCCUGAGCGUGCUCCCCGUGCCCCCGCCCCCUGUCCGGCCCUCCGUCAUGAUGUCCAGCAGCGCGCGCAGCGAGGACGACCUGACGCACAAGCUGAUCGAGAUUGUGCGCGCCAACAACAGCCUGCUGAAGCACGAGCAGAGCGGCGCACCCGCACACAUUGUGAACGAAUUCGUGCAGCUACUGCAGUUCCACAUCGCCACCGUCAUGGUCAACGACCUCCCCGGACUGCCCAGGGCCCUGCAGCGUUCGGGCCGCCCCAUCAAGUCGAUCAGCCAGCGGCUGAAGGCCAAGGAGGGCCGCGUGCGCGGCAACCUGAUGGGCAAGCGUGUCGACUUCUCGGCGCGUACUGUCAUCACACCCGACCCCAACAUUGGGAUUGACAUGCUCGGAGUGCCCUGGAGCAUUGCGCUCAACAUGACGUACCCAGAAACGGUCACGCCGUACAACCGGGAGAGGCUGGCUGAGCUGGUGGAGAACGGCCCUCACCCGCCCCCCGGCAAGACGGGCGCCAAGUUCAUCAUCCGCGAGGACGGCCACCGGCUGGACCUGCGGUACCUCAAGAAGAGCAGCGACCGCCACCUCGAGCUGGGCUACAAGGUGGAGCGGCACCUGUGCGACGGCGACGUGGUGCUGUUCAACCGGCAGCCGUCGCUUCACAAGAUGUCCAUCAUGGGCCACCGCAUCAAGAUCAUGAACUACUCCACCUUCCGCCUCAACCUCUCCGUCACCACGCCCUACAACGCCGACUUUGACGGCGACGAGAUGAACAUGCACGUGCCCCAGACGACGGAGACCAAGGCCGAGAUCCAGGAGCUCAUGAUGGUGCCCAAGUGCAUCGUGUCGCCACAGGCGAACCGGCCGGUCAUCGGGAUCGUGCAGGACACGCUGCUGGGGUGCCGCAAGAUCACCAAGCGCGACACCUUCAUUGAGAAGGACCUGUUCAUGAACAUCCUGAUGUGGAUGGAGCACUGGGACGGCACGGUGCCCAUCCCCACCAUCCUCAAGCCGCGCCCGCUCUGGACCGGCAAACAGGUGUUCACACUCAUCAUCCCAGACGUUAACCUGAUUCGCUUCUCGGCGUGGCACCCGGACGGCGAAACGGGCGACAUCUCAGUGGGCGACACCCAGGUGCGCAUCGAGUCGGGGGAGCUGCUGUCGGGCAUCCUGUGCAAGAAGACGCUGGGGACGUCGGGGGGGAGCUUGAUCCACACCAUCUGGGAGGAGCACGGCCCCGACGCGGCGCGCAGCUUUCUGGGGCAGUGCCAGUGGCUGACGAACCACUGGCUGCUGCAGCAGGGGUUCAGUAUUGGAAUUGGGGACACUAUUGCGGACGCAGGGACGAUGGAAACGAUCAACCGCACGAUUGCGGGCGCCAAGGAGGAGGUGAAGAACCUGAUCAAGCAGGCGCAGGAGAAGCAGCUGGAGGCGCAGCCGGGGCGUACGCUGCUCGAGUCGUUUGAGAACAGGGUCAACCAGGUGCUGAACAAGGCGCGUGACGAGGCUGGUCGCGCAGCGCAGAGCAGCCUGGACGAGGGCAACAACGUUAAGGCCAUGGUCACAGCUGGUUCGAAGGGCUCCUUCAUCAACAUCUCCCAGAUGAUUGCGUGCGUCGGGCAGCAGAACGUCGAGGGGAAGCGGAUUCCGUUUGGGUUCGUGGACCGGACUCUGCCGCACUUCACGAAAGACGAUUACGGGCCUGAGAGUCGCGGCUUCGUCGAGAACUCGUACCUGCGGGGGCUGACGCCGCAGGAGUUCUUCUUCCACGCCAUGGGAGGGCGCGAGGGGCUGAUUGAUACUGCGGUGAAGACGUCCGAGACGGGGUACAUCCAGAGGAGGCUCGUGAAGGCGAUGGAGGACGUCAUGGUCAAGUACGAUGGGACCAUCAGGAACUCGCUGGGUGACGUCAUCCAGUUCUUGUACGGCGAGGACGGCAUGGACGCUGUGUAUGUGGAGAGCCAGACGUUCGACUCGCUGCGGCUGACCAAGAAGCAGUUCGACCAAAAAUAUAAGUUCGACCUGCAGCACGACGCGCACAAGCUGGACCCGCAGACUGUGGAGGACAUCCGCGACCAGGAAGACGUGCAGCGCGUGCUAGAGGAGGAGCUUCGGCAGCUGGAGGAGGACCGGCGGCUGCUGGGCACGGAGAUCAUCCCGAGCGGGGACAAGACGUGGCCGCUGCCGUGCAACCUGAAGCGCAUGAUCUGGAACGCGCAGAAGCUGUUCGUGCAGUCCAAGAACGAGCCCAGCAAGCUCGAGGUGCUCGCCAUCAAGGCCGGCGUCGACCGACUCCUGCGCCAGCUCAUGGUGGUGGAGGGCGACGACGGCCUGAGCGUGGAGGCGCAGCGCAACUCGACGCUGCUGUUCGGCAUCCUGCUGCGCAGCACGCUGUCCACCAAGCGCGUGCUCACCGAGUUCAAGCUCAGCGAGUCCGCCUUCCAGUGGCUGCUCGGGGAGAUCAGCUCGCGCUUCGCGCAGUCGCUCGUGGCCCCAGGGGAGAUGAUUGGCUGCGUCGCGGCACAGUCCAUCGGAGAGCCCGCCACCCAGAUGACGCUCAACACGUUCCAUUACGCCGGCGUGUCCGCCAAGAACGUGACGCUCGGCGUCCCGCGGCUGCGCGAAAUCAUCAACAUCGCGAAGCAGACCAAGACGCCGUCGCUGUCGGUGUACCUGACCCCCGACUUCAACAAGGACCGCGAGCGCGCUAAAGAAGUGCAGGUCGCGCUCGAGUACACCACGCUGCGCAGCGUCACGCAGGCCACCGAGAUCCACUACGACCCCGACCCCAACACCACCGUCAUCGAGGAGGACCUCGAGUUUGUCACGUCGUACUUCGAGAUGCCUGACGAGGCGGACGAGGGGUUCCGGCAGCAGUCGCCGUGGCUGCUGCGCAUCGAGCUGAACCGCGAGAUGAUGGUGGACAAGAAGCUGAGCAUGGCCGACGUGGGCCACCGCAUCACGCAGGAGUUCGGGGACGACGUCGCCGUCAUCUUCUCCGACGACAACGCGGACAAGCUCAUCCUGCGGAUCAGGCUCAUGCAGGACCCUGAGGGCAAGGACGUGGAGGAGGACGGCAUGGACGACGACGCAUUCCUGCGCAAGGUGGAGAGCGAGAUGCUGACGGACAUGAAGCUGCGCGGGAUCAACGGCAUCAAGAAGGUGUUCAUCCGCGAGGUCAAGAAGAACGUCUUCGACGACACCGAGGGCUUCAAGCCGCAGACGGAGUGGAUGCUCGACACGGAGGGGGUCAACCUGAUGGAGGUCAUGUGCCACCCGGGGGUGGACCACACGCGCACCUCCAGCAACCACCUCAUCGAGAUCAUCGAGGUGCUGGGCAUCGAGGCGGUGCGUGCGGCGCUGCUCAAGGAGCUCCGUGACGUCAUCAGCUUCGACGGGAGCUACGUCAACUACCGCCACCUGGCCAUCCUUUGUGACGUCAUGACGUACCGCGGGCACCUGAUGUCCAUCACGCGCCACGGCAUCAACCGGAACGAGACGGGGCCGCUCAUGCGGUGCUCCUUCGAGGAGACGGUCGACAUUUUGUUCGAUGCCGCAGUGUUUGCGGAGACGGACCACUUGAGGGGAGUGUCGGAAAACAUCAUGCUGGGGCAACUGGCGCCGCUUGGAACAGGUGACUUCGGGCUGCACCUGAACGAAGAGAUGCUCAAGAACGCGGUGGAGAUCAACAUGACCGACACCUACGAGUUCGGCGCCCCGGGCAGCAUGACCCCGGGGAUGACCCCCGCCCGCUCCCCGGGCAACUUUUACGACCCCACCAUGUCUCCGUCCAUGCUUCUGAGCCCUGCCGGGGACGCUUCCCCGGGCCCAACCAACCCCAUGUUCUCCCCGUACUUGGCCGGCGUCGCCUUUAGCCCGCAGCCCGGUUAUAGCCCCGCCUCGCCCGGAUAUAGCCCCUCAUCUCCGGGAUAUAGCCCCGCUUCUCCUGGAUAUAGUCCGUCGUCGCCCUCUUACAGCCCCACGUCCCCAUCUUAUUCCCCAACGUCGCCGGCUUACUCUCCGACGUCGCCGAGCUAUUCGCCGACCUCGCCGGCUUAUAGCCCCACGUCGCCAAAGUAUAGCCCCUCCUCCCCUGCGUAUAGCCCAACGUCGCCCAGCUAUAGUCCCACUUCGCCGAGCUAUAGUCCGGCGUCGCCAGCUUAUAGCCCCACGUCCCCCAGCUACAGCCCCACGUCUCCCUCAUAUAGCCCGACUUCUCCGAGCUACAGCCCAACUUCGCCGAGCUACAGUCCGACGUCGCCCAGCUAUAGCCCCACAUCGCCGGCGUAUAGCCCAACCUCGCCCGCCUACAGCCCAACGUCGCCAGCUUAUAGCCCAACGUCACCCUCGUAUUCCCCCACGAGCCCUGCUUAUAGUCCUACGUCGCCAGCCUACAGCCCUGCCUCGCCUGCGUACUCUCCAACGUCCCCUGGUUACUCCCCAACAAGUCCAAGCUACUCGCCUGCUAACAACGAUUACUCACCGACCAGUCCGGAGUACAACCCCGGUUCGCCGGACAUCAAGUACUCCCCGACGGGCCCUGUACCAUAUUCGCCCACGCAGGCGGGUUCAUACUCGCCGACCCAUCCGGAUGGAAAGGGACCGUCCGAUGGUGCCAAGAAGGAGUAGGGGGUUCUCGAGCAGGCAGCUGUCUGACUCAGCUUUUUUUUUUCCCCAAUUUGAGUUGAAGGGGGCGCUACGCGGACAGGAGGGGAAAGUACAAGGUAGACCUAGGCGAUCAAUGGGCUUGAAAGGGACGUGAUCGGUUCUUUGGAAGAGUGUUCGCAGGAUGGAGAGGGGGUUUGUCAGCAUUGAGAUCAGGUCUUAGUCAGGACGGGAAAUAGGGCAGCGAAGGCAGCUUGGGGCGGAGGUGUAACAGUACAAAAUGGACUUUCAAGAUUGUGACGCGGUGACAAAACCUCAUCUGAAUGCGCCCCAAAUCCUAGCACAAUGAAAGCCAAGCAGGCCGUCGAUGAAAACCUGAUUAUGGGCCAUAUGGACGGGGCAGGGACAGGCUUGUUGACCCUGAAGUAUUUACCUUUCGAGCGCCAUUGGAUGUGUAACACAAAGUCAUUUCUAGAAGAUUAUUCGUGUUUGGCCAUGUUGCCUGAGCAACUCAUUA